AUGACGCUAGUCUACUUUUCAUCGGCAAGCCAAGCGCCAACAUCAUUACCGCGACGUUAUGCACACCAGCUGGCGCAGUCUGCCUGGCAGCUGGCCCUUCGGUUCGGUAGACGCACCACCAUCCAUGGCCUGGACAGGCUUCUCAGCGCCAAGGCCAGUCGGUGGGAGCGCUUCAUCUGGCUUUGCACCUUUGUCAGCGCAUUUCUGGGAGCGGUGUAUGUGUGCCUGAUACUCUCGGCGCGGUACAACGACGGUCAUUUCCAGACGGUGGUGGACAGCACACGCUACCCGGUGUACCGCAUACCCUUCCCGGUGAUCACGAUCUGCAACCGGAAUCGCCUGAACUGGCAGCGCCUGGCUCAGGCCAAAUCCAGGUUCAUGGCAAACGUUAGCGACACUGCCUUGUUGUCGCUGUUCGAACGCAUUUUGGGCAGCUACGAUGACGCCUACUUCGGUCACUUUCAGUCCUUCGAGAGGCUACGUGGCCAGCCGACGGAGCUGCUAAGCCACAUCAACUUCAGCCAGGUGGUGGACUUUAUGACAUGGCGCUGCGACGAAAUGCUCUCGGACUGCAUGUGGCGUCACUUUACAUACAAUUGCUGCGACAUCUUCUCCAAGAGACGGAGCAAGAACGGGCUGUGCCUGGCCUUCAACACCGUAGAAACGGAAGAGGGCAGACGCAUGCAGCUCCUGGAUCCCAUGUGGCCCUGGCGCACAGGAUCGGCAGGACCCAUGACUGGCCUAUCUGUGAGGGUCCUGAUCCAAGCAAGCAAGCACUGGCCGGGCAGGCAUAAUGAGAAGGGCAUCGAUGUCAUGGUCACCGAGCCGUUUGUGUGGCACAACAAUCCAUACUACAUUCCGGCCAAUACGGAGACAGCGCUAGAGAUAGAACCUAUUAUCUAUUUCUACGACAAUGACACGCGUGGAGUUCGCUCCGAUCAACGUCAAUGUGUGUUCGAUGAUGAGCACAACAGCGACGACUUCAAGUCCUUGCAAGGCUACGUUUACAUGAUUGAGAAUUGCCAAUCGGAGUGCCAUCAGGAGUACUUAGUGCGUUACUGCAAUUGCACAAUGGACUUGCUUUUUCCACCGGGCCAAUAUCGGUCAUGCCGGUCGCAGGAUUUGCUCUGCCUGGCGGAGCACAAUGACUUGCUCUCGUACUCCCAUCAGCCGGGCGAGAAGGGCUUUGUCCGGAACAAUUUCGAGGGGAUGGUCUGCAAAUGCUUUCGCAACUGUUACUCGCUUAACUACAUCAAUGACGUCCGUCCAGCUUUUCUGCCGCCGGACGUUUCUGGCAACUCCUCAUAUGUCGAUUUGGACGUGCACUUCCGUUUCGAGACCAUAAUGGUCUAUCGCACCAGUCUCGUCUUUGGCUGGGUGGAUUUGAUGGUUAGCUUCGGUGGCAUCGCAGGACUUUUCCUUGGCUGUUCCCUAAUUAGCGGCAUGGAAUUGGCCUACUUUCUCUGCAUUGAGGUGCCGGCCUGUGGCAUCGACGGGUUGCGUCGCCGAUGGCAAAACAUGGCCACAACCACGCCCACCCAAACGCUGAGCUUCCGUCAAAAUACGCCCAGUCAGCUGAUGGAGAACUACGUUAUGCAGCAGAAGGCGGAGCAGGCGCGCCGGCAGAAGGCCAACUUCCAAAAUUGGCAACGCCUAACGUUCGCCCAUAAGCAUGUUAUUAGCAAGUGA